AUGGAGGGCGAUGGGGACUUGAUGAAAAUGCUAAUGCGCGCUGACCCUCCUGACGAAAGUAUUCAAGGGCCCAUGGACGAGUCGGCGAUGAUUCAAUCUGGGGUAAGAUUUUAAUUUGUUGUUGAUUUUACGGCACCAGUCAUUUUGGCAUGCUUGUCACACGCGCAUGUCCGAGAACGCGGAAUGGUCUUAAACAGAUGCAACCUUCACCUAUGCUUUGUUUGUAUGUGAAUAGGGAGUUGUUACUUCCUCAAAUAACGCAGUUUCCGCUUUUCGUUUUAACAAUAGGCGCUUACUUGUCGUCGCAAGUAUUUUCAUGUCCCCUUUUCAGUAUUUUUGCCGUAUUUUAGUUUGUCGUGACACGAUUUUUGAAAUCGAUAAUGAAUGGCAAUGCUGUCAAAGGAAAUUCAACAGGUUGUGGGGUAAAUAAUCUGGGCGAAUAUGUAAUGGGAUGCAACAAAUAUUUGUUCCGUUCUGGUAAACAUUUCAUGUCGGCUCGUUUGCUUCAAACCUCCAUGUUUUGUACCAUCUUUCAACUUUACAAUUGUAAAUACGUGACUAACAAUUUCAGUCACAUAGCCAAACUAUAAAUUCUUCUUACUGCUUCCUUAUCCUUCUUCAUUUCGUACAGUCGAGAAUUUUAUCUAUUAUACACAAUCGCCUGCAAUAAGUCUUUCAUUUUAUUGCCACUAUAAUUUGAGAAUAGCAUGAUGUUUUAAUUUAAAUUUUUUUAAGGGGUGAAGUACAAAUUAUGGAUUACUGGUUGCUUUUAAAACAAUUUCAGACCUUUGUACAUGCAUGAAAUUCAAUUGUAUUUGAAGCAUAAAUGUAAAAAAAAGGACAAAAUUUUUCAAAAACUGAUUUUUCAGAUUAAAAUAUAUUUAUCAUGCUCAAAAAUUUCUCCCUGUAAUUUCAAUGCUAUUGUGUUCUUUUCCCAAAUGCAUCAGUCCACCGAUGUCUUCUUCACAAACAACUGAGGUCAAUUGGUCGACGUGUUAUAACCAGUUACCUAAAUAAAACUAGAACAUUGUGUAAUGACAAACAAACUUACUCUUCCUGUUGUUUAAGUUAUAUUUUCACAUUUUGUUAUAUAAAAAUAAAUUAAGAGGGAACUGAGCAUCAGUGCAGCAAAUACUUCAACAACAGUAAGAUCCACUAUUUAUUUCUGUGAAGAGUCUGUUACCCUCAUUUUGAUUCAUAAGCUUGUCAUGAGUCAGUUUUGCAGAGAGCUAGCUAUUAAUGCCAGUACAAUGAUGAACAGACUUCCUGCAAUCUCUUUUGAAGGGUGUAAACAAAACUGCUUCCAGACAAAAAAGUUUUAGUUUCAAGUGAUAGCUAUGUGCUGUUGCCAUUGUCUAUGGUUGACUACAAACAGUUAAAAAAAUAUUUAACUUGAGUAAAAAUUACAGAGUUGAAGAAAAAGUCCAUAGGGGAUUUUGCCUUCGUCAUUCUAUCUUAAGGCUGCAAACUGAUCAUAACAACAUAAAACCAUUUCAUUGAGCUUGGCAGGCACCCUUCUUAUUUAUUUCUCUAUUAGGCAGUGUGUAUAUGUUUUAGAAAAACAAUCAUGAUGCUGGUAGAACAGUUAUUUAUUUGUUUUAUGAUUAGUAUACUUAUAGAUAUCAAAUUAUCUAUGUAUAGAAGAAGUUUGGAAGAUUAUCAGUGAAAAGUUGGCUUCCUUGAGUCAAUGAAAAUGCUGACAAACAGCUCACACCAGCCAUACUGUCUUCUUCUGAUGUUAUAGGCACUGAUAACCUUGAGCCAUCAAGGAACAAUAGUUUUAUCUGAAAAUAGCUCUGUAUAAAAGUAAGGUUUCACCUCCAGUCUAAACUUUAGUUCAAGGACCCUCUAAAUUGGUAGAAAAAUUGGUCUCAGGAUGUCAGGUAUUUCUGAAAAACAAACAUAUAUACAACUAUACUAAUAAUUUGUGAGUGUUUGAAGCACUGGUCAAGUGAAUGAUUAUUGUCAGUAGAAUGUUCUAAGUCCAGUUGGUAUAAACUGAUCAGUCUGUUGUGCUGUGAUGUUAUUGGCUGUAAGGCUAUUCACUUGAAUCUGAUGAUGACUUCUGCUCAGGUUUUUUAAGGCAGUCACCACUUCUGACAACAGUCCUUCUCAGGAUUACACUCAACUGGACAAUCAGACUACACUAUUACAUGUUACCCCAGGAUUCACACCAUUUAUUAAGGAGUUAUUAACUUUUACUAUAAUUGGUGCACCUGAGCUGCACUUCAUUUUCAAUGAAAGACAGCACUAAAAAAAAAACUGCUUUGCCCAGUAGGGACAAAGCAACAGAAUGAGUAUGUGAUGGUGGCAAACAUGACUCAAUUUCAUUUGAAAAAAAAAUUUUUGGCACAUGCAUGUGUGGGCAAUGAAUUAUGAUUGACUAUGAUCUGUUAAUUUCCAUGCAAAAGAAAAUUAUUGUACAACCUCAGAAUCAAUACAUGCAUGUAAAAAUAGAAAGAUGAUAAGAAUUGUUCAUUUUUUUAGUUUAAUUUAAAUUUUAUUGUUGUCCAUUAACCCUUUAACUUUCAUGUGUGACCAAGACAGAAUUUCUCCUCACAAUAUCAAUACAAUAUCAAGCGGACAAGUGAUGAGAAUAAAGAAAUACAUCAAUCAGGCGAUUAUUAGUCGGCCCAAUACUAAAUUCUCCAAAUUAAUACAAGAAUUGUUUAACAGACAGUAUGGAGAAUUACCAAUGAGUUCUUUGUAGUGAACCCUUUAACUCCCAAGAUCUGAUUGUUAAUUCUCUCCUGUAGCUGCUACACAUUUCCUUGUAAAUUAGUUAUAAGAACAUGGUGCUAGAUCAAGAUAGCAGCUUCUACCUGAUAAGUUUGAAUACUCUCAUUACCUGUUUGCUGAAAAAUGUAUGGAUAUUGUAGGGAGAAGUUUUAUGUUAAUCACUUCUGGGAGUUAAAGGGUUAAUGUAUGAAGCUUGUUCACAGCAUUUUUUCCAAAGUAAAACGCACCCACAAUCAUGUUCUUCCACCACAACAUUUUGUAUCGGUGAAUGAAUUCAAAGUUUGUUAGACAUGGGAAGUGCUUUCCAUGGCAAGAAGUAUGUAUGUCAUUGGUAUACUCUGUACACAAAAGAGCCUCCUUUUAAAAAAUGCCAGCCUUUGUAAAGUUGUUUGUGCAUAAUCAUUGUGCCACUGAGUUGUGUCAAGUAGAGAUAGGAUAACAUUUUAAGAUUCAAAAUAAAACACAGAUUUCACUCAUCUUUGUCUUAAAUACACCAAAUGAUGAACUUUUCAGAGCAGUUUAAUUUCAAACAUUUGUCAUGCUGCUACUGUACCCUUCUCUAACAUGCCAAACUUGGAAUUUCAGUUCAUGAUGCCAUCAAUCAUUUCCCAUUCAAAGCAGAGAGGAAAGAUAUGUAUUUAAAUUGUGCACUCACUUGUGGGAAAGAAGACCUUGAAAACCCUUUGAAGCACUGCACUUGCAAGGUUCAUUAAUAUUUAGGAUGGUGCUCAUCAAGUAGUUGUUGCCUACUUUCGGAUAUUUUGAACAGAUAGAUUGCAUGGAAUCUAUCCGAAGGUCUGAGAUUCGAUUCCUCAUGGGGGCUCAGAAUUUAUUCUUUGUCCCUGGCUUGUGACAAGACAAAAAACAUCUUUCUCAAUAUAUUCCAUGCUGCCAUGUGUCUGUUCAGUCGUGGAUCAGGGUUGACUUCAAAAUGUGGAAAGAACAAUGAAGUGGCAGGCAAGGAGCAGCCAAGUUUGUUGCUGAUGUUGUUACCACAUUUUGAAGUCUAUCAUUUGGCAUGUUUAUAUAUCUGAGCCUUCUGGGAAAAAUUUACCUUUUCCUCACAAUGUUUCAACAUGUUUUUGUUUUUCGGUAGGGAUAUCCCCAGACUGGUAUGGCAUUUGGGUCUGGUAGCUAUGCAGGUAUGCAGCAGCAGUUUACUGGAAUGAGUUCCCAACAACAGCAACAGUGUAGCUCUGGUUACCCCUCCAUGAAUCCAGGUCAAAUGAUUCCAAGAAGUCCAAACAAUGGCAUGAUGCAGCCAGACAUGGAUCUAAUGCUUCAACAGCAGCAGUAUCCACAGCAGCAGCAACAGCAACAGCAGCAGCAGCAGCCUCCACAAUCUGCGUAUGGGAAUGGAAAUUAUCAAGGAUACAAUGGAGGUUACCAGAGUGCUAGGACUGUGUCUCCUCAAACUCAUUCCCAAGCUAUGAGUCCGUAUCAGGGUGGUUUUCCUCCUGAUCCCAGUUACCCUCCUGGAGGUGUCAGUGGACAAACCAUGGGGGAGUUUGGUCCACAGGCUGGCCCCACUCAGCCCAUGGGAAUGCCUGGACCAGCCUCUUUGAGCCUAGCUGCUAUGAGCAAUAGGCAACAGUACUAUGCGGAUGGCUAUGGAAUGAGUCAGGUGGUGUCUCCUGUGGGGAAGCAGAUGCCACAAGGAGGAGGAUUUCUGCAGCCUUCAGGAAUACCAUAUUCACAGCAGGUUCCAUAUCAGCCCAGUUCAUAUCCUAAGAGGCCAUCAUCAUCACCCGCACAAUCUCAAAUGCAGGGGUAUAGUUCUGCUGGCCCUUCCUACACAGCCAGAUCAACUACAGGGAUGCAGUUGCCUAACAUGCCGUACACAUCUUCUACAAACCCAUACCAACCACCUUGCUCCCCUGGACGAAGAUCCUCCUCAACGUCACCAGUACCACAGCAAGAUGCAGGAAUGUACAGCAGGCUUCAAGAACACUUUCCGCAGCCCAGGUCUCCGUUUGGGUCAAGUCAAGGGCAUUUCCAGCAACAUCAGCAACAACCGACGCAGAGUUCGUGUAUGUUUGUUCAACCCAGCAUUACACCCUCACAGUCUCACUUCCAGUCGCAACAGCUUAUGGCUGCCAGCAAGACGGGAGGCUUAACCCAACGUCGUGCAUCUUAUCCAGGACAUCAGAACACCGUGAAAAUGCCUUCUCCUCCAUCAAAGAGAUCUCCUCCAACCAAGGGCCCCUCUCCAAGUGCCACAACUCCAGAUCUUUCUGGAGUUGGCCAACUUGGAUUUGAGGAAAGGAGCUCUCUGAAACCUCUCACCGCAAAGGAGAAGGCGUCGUCUCCACCAAGCAGUGUUCCAAGUCCAGUGAAUUCAGAACCAACGGUUACUGUCUCCAAUGCUGUACAAUGCUCAUUCAAGAAGAAGUCAACGUCUGCAAAGAAACGAAGUGAAACCCUCAAAGCAAAUCCUCGACAACGACGAAGCGCCUCAGAUGCUGCAAGUCCAUAUGUUUCACCCUCAAUUAUGAAAGAAGAGCCUUUGUGCUCGGAUGGAAACAAGAGUGAAACUGGAGAAACGAUCGGAAAGAAUGGGUGUGAUAAGACUGAAGCGAAGUCUAAAGAAAUCAAUGUUAAUGAAUCUAUUGAGAACAAGUCGGUGUCAAGACAGGAGGAUGAUCAAGAGGAGGGAAGUUUGGAGAGUUUAUCGAACAGUAAGGUCGAAGAAUCUUCAUGUGAUAUUAACAAAGAGGUAGGAAACCAAUGCGAAGGUGAUGAAGUAAAGCCAGAGAAAGCAGCUGCGGUACAAACGACUUCCGUUGCUCCACAAUCAAUAGAGAAAUCUGAAGUGGAGCAUGAAGGAGUAGAAGAAAGUGCAACGAGCCCUAUUGAGGCAGAAAGCUGUGCCAAAAGUCCAGUUAAGGAGCUGGGUAACGUUGGAACUUCCGACGAGAACUCGAAAUUUAGCAAUGAUGAAAAGGAUGAGACGUGCACAGGAGGGAAGGAACCUUCUGAGGGAAAAAUUGUUGAUUGUAAAGAGAAAUCAAACAGAGAAUUGCAAAAAACGGGUACUGACAACGAAGAACUAUCAGUCGCUUCUGUGACAGAUUCCAAAAUCGGGGAUUUGAGUGGAACCUCCGACGAAAGUAAUAAUACUGACGACAAGACACGCUCAACCGGUCUCGAAGCAGACAAAACCAGUCAGAGUUGUGGAAAAUUAGACGACCAGUGUAAGGAAAAUGGGAAAACCAGCCAAAAGAUUGAUGAUGGGACUGGAAAAGUGAGAACUAUCGAAGGUGCCUCCAAUGCGUGCGAAACUGAUAAGACUGGUUCUGGCGUUGAUGACGCACGUGCUGUGUGCGUAGAUAAGGAGGAGAAUUUUAAUAAGACAGCCAAAGUUGAUACUCCGGCUAAGGAGUCUGAGGAAGGUGAAGAGGUGAAAGAAGUUGAAAGUAGAGAGACUGGAAUAACUGAGAAACCCAAAGUCUGCAGCACGGUAGAUGAGCCUAAGGCCAUCGGUGAGGAGUCCAGCGGUGCGACGGAGAAAUCACUUUCCGAUGGUACUCAAGAUGCCAAAGUCCUCAGGAAAAAGGAGCGUCCAGCAAUGCCUUCCUUAAGAUGCGAAGAACGUCUCUCUUCAGAUGACGAUGAUCGCCAACACGAAAAGACUCCAGCGGAUAGAAAAACUCAAGAGGAGUCAGACAGCGAUGGCGGCCAUGUAGUUGAGAGCAGAACCCUGGGAAUUCAGACAGUGCAGCAGCAUACAGCUACAGCACGCACCACCCAGCACCAGGCAACCCCCAUUAAGGCUACCAUCAUUGCCAAGGGCACUUCUUCACAGAGCAAUCAACAGGUGAUGGUGGCAAAGACUACCACUGGAAAGAUGUACCUCAUUCAGGGGAACAUCUUGAUGCCGGUACAAAAGCUUAGCACCGAUUCAUCCAAACAAAAUCCACAGGUGAUUAUUGUGAACCCAGUUACGACGGGUUCCGGAAGUAAUCCGGCUACAAAAGGAAGUAACGCUACAGAUACAACAAAAGACAGAAACGACGGUAAAGUUGAAAAUUGCCCGAGCAGUCCACGGAACGAGGCAUUGAACGUUUCAGACAAGGGAAUUUCUGGAACUGCAACCAUGUCUGAUAAGGAAAAGUGCGAUCAGAGCGUUAAAAAUCCAGAGCACUCGCCCAAAACCAAGAAUCCUGUGAAGAAAGACAAAUCACCAACCUCUAAAACAACUAAAAAUUCACCUACUCGACCUGAUAAAGGCCGUAAAACUGGGGAAAAGGAUAAGAAAACUGAUAAGACGGAAUCUUCUUGCACGAAAGACAAUCCACAUUCGAAAAAAUCUGAUAAAACAGCAGAAACGUCUUCUACCACUCAAGCCUCCCCGGUGGAAGGAAAUAAACAGGUGACGCCAAACAAAACUCGUGGACGGCCAGUGGGAAGUAAAGAUAAGCAAAAGCGAAAACCAUACGUACAUAAGGUGAAGCGAAAACAAGGCGACUCAGAAAUAGAGGAAGAGGUCAAGUCGGAGCCUGUCACUAAACGUAAAUUCUCAAAAACUGCUGUCGCUGUUCAAGAAAUGUCCUCGGCUUCCGGACCGUCGGUUGCGAGCACGAAACGGUCGGUAGAAGCUCCAACAGUAAGUAUUGAAAGGCCCUCGAAGAAACGCAAAAUUUCCACUUCAAGCUCACCCGUAAAACACGUCAUGUCGGCCAAACCGCGCGGCGGAGUUGAUGGCGAUACAUGGGUUUGCUCUUUUUGUGGCAAGCGAAGCGGUUUUAACUUGCUAGGAGAUCUUUACGGACCUUAUAAAACGAAAUUUUCAAAGGAAAAAUCGGUAGAUGGUUCCUCUAAGGAGGGCAAACUGUCGCAGAAAUUGUCUUCGCCUAGCCGAAAGGCAAGCUCAAGUUCUGACAUACAAACGGAUAAUGAAAGCUGCGAUGUAGACUUGUGGAUACACCGAGAUUGUGGUGUGUGGUCCCCUGGGGUUUUUAUGAUCGGAAGGACCGUUCAUGGUUUGGAACAAGCAGUAGAAAGUGCAGCACAGCAUGUAAGUCAUUUCUCUCUUCUUUUUACUCCUAAUAUUCCAAUAUCAAUUCUCUCCCCUGUUUGUCAUACUUUGCGUACAAUUUUAGCUCUGAGAAUUUGGUGUUAAAUCGAGCAAUAUCUCCUGCUUGAUGUUUUUCGCUCUUCUCACCACUCCGCUUCUUGACAAUGUAAUGAUUUGGUAUGGAGUAAUUAUUAAUUGGUCACUCCCGGGAGUCCAAGGGUUACCAUAGAGUUUUAAAGCAACAUGAACAGCCAACUGCUAGAAUUGAACCUGAAGAGGUUCGUGCAUUAUUUGGAAAAUUGUUUUGUCGAGAAUAGGAGAUAUCGGUUGGUUCUGUUUGAAAAUAACAAGCAAAUCAAAUCUAAGAAAUGUAUAAGGAGCUGAAAAGAGGAAAGAUGUUGUCAAUGUUCUUGUUUUUCAUCAUGUUUCCACAGAAAUGCACCAAAUGUUUUGAACUUGGCGCCACGCUGGCCUGCUUCAAACGGGGAUGCAUUAAGAUAUUCCACUACGCAUGUGCAAGAGAUUCAGGUGCUUGUUGACUGUCUUGUUAUAAACAUUAACUCACCUCACAGUUUCUUUUUUUUCUCGACUGAGUGAAGAUUUUUUUACCACAGGCUUUCAUAACUUGAGUCAAUAACACGAUAUCGUACCGAGGGUUCUAAAACUGAAACCAAAGUAAUCACAACGGCCGACAGGGAAAAAGAAAAAAUUUCACGAGGAGCUCACGAUAAUUGAAUGAAAGUAUAGGCAAACGAUCUGAGGGAAAGAAAUGCGACUAACCGAAUGUUGUUAGUUUAAAUUUUGAAUCUGAUUGGUUUAGAAAGUGGCGUGAUUUUUGUGGACCAAUCGCAGAGCUUUAUUACAAAAAUUGCUCAAAGUGAACCAUCUGAUUGGUUUUGAGAGUUGCGCGAGUAUUCUAGACCAAUCGCUGGGCAAAGUAAAGCAAACUCAUUGCUGUCUCGGAUUUCAAGUCGCACUAUCAAAUUGUAGUAGCCAUUCUGGACUGUUAUCUCGCUAUGAAAUUCAUCGUAGUCCUCUCAUUGUGUGUUCAUUAAUACCUGGAUCUCUUUCUGAGAUUUUUAAAAUUAUUUUUCAGGUUGUUCCUUCAUCGAAGACAAUUUUACGAUAUUUUGCUCAACACACAAGGUUAGUAAAAAAAAAUUGCCGUUCAAUUUUCAGUUAUAAUUCCUUGAAACAUCAAUUAAACUAAGAUAUUCUUUGUUUUUCGUUUUUCAGUAACGAUAGCUCCAUCCAUCAAUGCUUUGCGAAGCAUAGUACUGUCUCUUAUAUUGUGUUGGCAAUGAACUAAAUGUAGUCUGAUUGCUGCACAUGCGCAGGAAAAUGAAUCGAAUGGAAGCAAAUUGAUUGUCGUACGAACAAUUGACAGUAAUGGAGGCCCUGAAGUCCAGAAGUGGAGGCGUUUUGUUAAGUUCGAUUUAAAGGACAAUUUCUAAUAAUAUAUUAGAUACAUUAUAUUGUGGUCUUGUCGAAUACUGAUAAAAUUUCAGAUGAGAGUUAUUUUUCGGAGGCUGGAGGCUAAUUUAGUAAAAUCAUAAUGGACGUGAACACCUACCUCUAUAUGAAGACGUUGAGUACAUCAGGCACCUUUCACUUAAUUGUGAAGAAAGAGGAUUUAAUAAAUUAACAUUUGAUUACAU